AUGGAGCUGAUUGUGGAGUACACGUAUACAAGACGUGUUAACAUCACAGAGAAAAACGAGUAUAAGCUGCUGAUCGCUGCUGAUUAUCUGUUGAAGCAACAGGCCUUCCGGUUUAUCUUGCACAACUUUGAGGAGAUGGUGCGCCUCUCUGAGGAGUUCCUGGACCUGACGGUCGAGCAGCUGAGAGAGAUCAUCGAGAAGGACAAACUGAAUGUGAAACAGGAGAGCGAGGCCGUCUUACAGUGGAUCAAACAUGCGCCAUGGAAACGGAAAGCGCACAUAGGAGUGUUACUGCCCAAAGUGCGUCUGGGGCUACUGACGCACGAUUACCUUAUGAACAAUGUGAGCAACAACAUUUUAGUGAAGGACGACAUGACAUGUAAGCCGAUCGUCACCAGCGUUCUGAUGGGCAUCGAUGACCUCAACCCGAGCCUUUCUCUCAGCUCUGAUCUCCAGAGACUCCGCCUGCCUAGUGCCGUUCUGCUGGCCAUCGGUGGCUGGUGCCAAAGGAUUCCCAUGAAUGCCAUAGAAGCGUAUGAUAUACGAGCGGCAUGCUGGGUUAAAAUCACGUGCAAUGACGAGAGUCCACAAGCCUUUCAUAGGAUGGUGUAUCUGAAUGGCUUCGUGUACUGCAUUGGAGGAUAUAACAUGGGGAAUACCAUGCAAGAAUGCUUAAGAAUUGUCAGAAGGUUUGAUCCCAUCACCAGAACCUGGGCUCAGGUGAGCCCCAUGCACUCUAUCUGGUAUAAGGUGAGCAUGUGUGCGCUGGAUGGUCAUAUCUAUGCUGUGGGAGGAUUCCAUGAAGAACAUCAGAAUACGGCCGGGCGAUAUGAACCUGAGAAUGAUCGGUGGAGCAUGAUCGCGCCGAUGCACGAACGCAGGAGCAACUCUAGCGCUACAGUACUGAACGGCAACGUGUACGUAUGCGAAGGGUCUAACUGGAUUGAGUGUUUGUUGACAGGGGAGUAUUACAGUCCUCAGAUGGGAACCAACGUGUGGACACAAGGUCCAGCCAUGAACAACAAGCACAGCAACUUCGGCAUUGAGGUGCUGCACGAUCUCCUGUUCGUUGUUGGAGGAGAGAACGGCACUACCACCAUGGAUGAAGCGGAGUGUUAUGAUGAGCAGACUUCUGAAUGGCAUGCAGUUGAAAACAUGGGGAUUUCCUGCAGUGCUCUGAGCUGCUGUGUGCUGUCUGGUUUACCCAACAUGGCAGAGUACGCUGCUCCCCGAGACGAUCCCUACAGAGUCCCUCAGAGGUCACGGAGCACCAGAGGCUACCUCACACCUCCUGCCAACGUCUGA